AGAUCGUUUUUUUUUUUUUUUUUGCACUUCUAUUAUCCUCUUCUUUGGCAAAAUAAUAAUAAAAUGUCUGCGAAACCAACCUGCUUAAUAGUGGCCAGCGCUUCUCCUCAAGGGGUCUCCGCCAAAUCCUUUCUGCAGUGCUUCAGUCUUUGCAGCACAGCUUUCAAUCUGCAGACCGCCACACCAGGGGGAAAGGCAAUAGAUUUUGUAGGAGUUGAUGAAAGCACAGCGAGAUGGGUGCAGGACUUUAAUGUGAAGUCCUACGCAACACCAGCCAAACUCGAAUCUAUAGAUGGCGCUAGAUACCAAGCGCUGCUCAUCCCUGACUGCCCCGGAGCACCGAAUGACUUGGCACACAGCGGCUCCAUGCACCGAAUUCUCACACAGUUCAUCUCCCAGCAGAAGCCCGUGUGUGCUGUUGGGCAGGGCGUGUCAGCACUGUGCUGCGCCACUGAGGGGCAGAAGUGGAUCUUCAGUGAUUACAGCUUAACAGGGCCGUCUGUGUUUGAACUGGUGCGUCAGCCCGACUUUGCCAACCUUCCCCUUAUUGUGGAGGAUUUUGUGAAAGACGGCGGAGGAUCUUAUACAGCGAGUCAAGAAGACGCCGUGCAUGUAGUUGUGGACAGACACGUCAUAACUGGACAGAAUCAGCAGUCGACGUCACUGGCAGUGAAUAAUCUCAUCCUCCUUUGUAAUGCCAAAUAAAAGGUCACUGUGUCUGGAUCUGUUAGUAACAAGCACUUAUCUUGAACAAAUCUUUGAAGAUGAUGGGCUCAGCUGCAAAUAUGUACACAACUACUUGUUAAACUACUCAGUAAAAAGUCACAGAUGCAACAAGAAACCCUUCAAUUUUUUUUCCAGAUUUGUGAACGUUUUCCAAAUUAGGGCUAAAUAUUUUGUCUAAAGCCAGUAACCAAUGACAGGAUAAAAUAGCCUUUUAUUUUUGACAAAAUGUAUUAAUCCAGCAUGCCUUGUUUAAGGACAUACUGUGUUUAAGGACCUUUGGCUUUAAUCACAACCUCAAAUCUUGGACUUCUCUUCAUCCUCUACAUUAAAAACCUACAGAGAGGAGAUCUGUCCAGUCUGACAGUUUUGAUCUCUCCAGAGACGUUCAGUUGAACUGAGGUCCAGGUUCUGGCUGGGCCCUCUCCCACUACUUUAUUUUGUCACUACAGUCCAGGGUUCUGCAACCUUCACAAUUCAGAUAGUCAUUUUCACUCUCGAUCUGGCUAAAUAAAACUGGUUUAGAGCCACAAAUAUUACGUGACCUUUUGAGAAGAAGAACACAUAGUUUGACAAAUAUCUCCUAGAUAAAGUUUGUUCAUUUUUGAAAAACCAUUUUAUUCUUAUUUUUAGAUUGAAAAUAAGUAAAAUUAUAGAACCUCAGCAAAAAGAUCACGGCUCCAUUUGAUCAGAUGUUGACAUCUGCUCUGUUUCCAGCCUUAUACCACAUCUAAACCUAAAUAAACAUUUAUGAUACUUUUAGA